UCUCAGACGUCAGUAGGUAUCUGAUUCACCUGGAAGGGUUAUGAAAACAGUUUGCUGGACCUGCGGCUCAGGGUUUCUGAUUCAGAUGGGGGAAGUGGACCCAUGAGUUUUGCAUUUCUGACCAGCUCCCACAUUGCACCAGUGUUGCUGGCCUGAGGACAGUGCUUGGCAGCAUUACUCCCUCUGAACUCUCCUCUCUCCUCCCUCCUCACUUCCCAAGACUUCCUGAUGCUCAUUUCUUUUCAGAACAAAAGGCCAAGCUAUGAUAGCAACUGGUGGAGUGAUAACUGGCCUGGCUGCCUUGAAAAGGCAAGACUCUGCCAGAUCACAGCAGCAUGUCAACCUCAGCCCAUCUCCCGCUGCCCAAGAGAGGAAACCAGUCCGGCGUCGGCCCCGGGCUGAUGUUGUAAUUGUUCGUGGCAAAAUCCGGCUUUAUUCCCCGUCUGGCUUCUUCCUCAUUUUAGGAGUGCUCAUCUCCAUUGUAGGAAUUGCAAUGGCCGUCCUUGGAUAUUGGCCCCAAAAAGAGCAUUUUAUUGAUGCUGAAACAACAUUGUCAACAAACGAAACUCAGGUCAUUGGGAGCCAGGGUGGGGUGGUGGUCCGCUUCUUUGAGCAGCAUUUGCAUUCUGAUAAGAUGAAAAUGCUUGGCCCCUUCACAAUGGGGAUCGGCAUUUUCAUUUUCAUUUGUGCCAAUGCCAUUCUUCAUGAAAAUCGUGACAAAGAAACCAAAAUCAUACACAUGCGGGAUAUCUACUCCACAGUCAUUGACAUCCACAUGCUGAGAGUCAAAGAGCAGAAGCAAAUGAAUGGCAUGUACACUGGCUUGGUGGGGGAAACAGAAGUGAAACAGAAUGGGGGCUCCUGUGCUUCAAGACUGGCAGCAAACACCAUUGCCUCUUUCUCAGGUUUUCGGAGCAGUUUUCGGAUGGACAGCUCUGUGGAGGAAGAUGAACUUAUGCUGAAUGAAAGUAAGAGUUUAGGGCAUCUUAUGCCCCCUUUGCUCUCUGAUAGCUCUGCUUCUGUCUUUGGCCUCUAUCCCCCUCCUUCCAAGACAACCGAUGAUAAAGCCAGCGGCCCUAAGAAAUGUGAAACCAAGUCAAUUGUGUCAUCGUCUAUCAGUGCUUUUACACUGCCUGUGAUCAAACUUAAUAACUGUGUUAUUGAUGAACCCAGUAUAGACAACAUCACCGAGGAUGCUGAUAACCUCAGAAGCAGGUCACGGAAUUUGUCAAUGGAUUCCCUUGUGGUCCCUUUGCCCAACACCAGGGAAUCCUGCCAGCCAGGUAGCAUGGUGCUCCCAAGGAAUAAUUCCAUUGGGGAGUCCUUGUCAAGUCAGUACAAGUCCUCUAUGGCCCUUGGACCUGGGCCUGGACAACUGUUGUCUCCUGGAGCUGCUAGAAGACAGUUUGGGUCCAACACAUCAUUGCAUUUGCUCUCAUCACACUCCAAAUCCUUAGAUUUAGACCGGGGUCCCUCCACCCUCACUGUUCAGGCAGAACAACGGAAGCAUCCAAGCUGGCCUCGGUUGGAUCGAAACAACAGCAAAGGAUACAUGAAACUAGAGAACAAAGAGGACCCAAUGGACAGGUUGCUUGUGCCACAAGUGGCAGUCAAAAAAGACUUUACCAAUAAGGAGAAGCUUCUUAUGAUUUCCAGAUCUCAUAAUAAUUUGAGUUUUGAACAUGAUGAGUUUUUGAGUAAUAACUUAAAGCGGGGAACUUCUGAAACAAGGUUUUGAUGUUUAUAAAGCCUAUCAUUUUACAAGGAUAUUCAUUUUAAAACUCUUUUCACCAGUGUUUCCUUCUUAAAGCAUUGGCUGUGAGCCUUUUUAACCCAAUGGUUCGUAGUUUAUUAGAACUGGCUGCUUAGUUCUGUAAUGGAGAUGGUUAUAUGCUUGGGUGACUUAUGACUGCAGUACUUUGUAUUAUCACAAAUGAUUUUAUUUUUCCAUUCCUUUGAAAGCAUGAUCUCUUUUAUUAAUAUGAAUACAAAAUGCUUGCAUCCAAAUUAAAACUCCUUUUCUUCACUUUU